AUGCCACCAUCUCCAAAGACGAGAUCCUUUGACAAUUUGGAGCACAACGACAGACACUCCAAGUACUCUCCACUCACCAAAAUUGUUGCUGGCGUGACUGUUCUUGCCACUGCAACGGCCGUCCUUCGAGGCGACGCAGGAGUCAAUGGGACAGUCUACUUUCGCCAGUCUGGUCUUUCCAAAGUCAGAAUCACGGGAAAGAUCCUAGGUGUCGACAAGAAUAGUCUACGCGGGUUUCAUAUCCAUGAAUUUGGUGAUCUCUCCGAUGGUUGCACUUCUACUGGCUCUCAUUUCAAUCCUACAUCUCAAACACAUGGUGGCCCCUCAGACUUGAAGCGGCAUGUCGGCGAUCUGGGCAAUGUAAAGAGCGACAAGCAUGGUGUUGUGCAUCUCGACUUUGAAGACAAUCUCAUUACGCUCAGUGGACCUUGGAGUAUCAUUGGACGAGCAGUAGUAAUUCACAAGGGCACAGAUGACCUUGGAAGGGGAGGAAACGAUGAGAGCCUCAAGACGGGAAACGCGGGCGGAAGAGCCGCCUGCGGGGUCAUUGGUAACGCUCCAUCGCCUACUCUUGACAAACUGAUGCCCUUGCAGGUGUAUCCAGAACACUGGCGUGACAUAUGCCGUGCCGAACGCGAGCUUGAAAUCCUCACCAUGCACGCGCGUUCAACCAUCUCGUACUUCGUCAAGCUCCUCGUCUGCCUCACAUUUGUAACCUAUGCAGCGGCGCACAACACUCCGGUCAAGGCCGUCGCCGUGUUGACUGGGACGUCUGGUGUUUCCGGAACAGUCUACUUCCAACAAGACAAGCCUCACUCCAAAGUGAAAAUCACCGGCACAAUCCAAGGCCUCACUGCAAACGCAAAGCGUGGCUUCCAUGUCCACACAUUUGGCGACCUCAGCGGCGGCUGCAAUUCCACCGGCACUCACUUUAAUCCGUUCAACCAGACGCAUGGUGGACCCAAUGAUCCCGUUAGGCACGUUGGAGACCUCGGAAACGUGCAGACGGACAACAAUGGGACGGCAACUCUCAACUUUGAAGACUGGUUCAUCUCUCUCCGUGGUCAUUUGAGCGUGGUCGGUCGUGGUCUCGUCGUUCAUGCGGGCACAGAUGAUUUUGGUAAAGGAGGCCAAUCGGACAGCCUUACGACCGGUCACGCAGGGGCACGCCUGGCUUGUGGUAUCAUCGGUUUGGCUCCAUGA